AUGCAGUCUUUUGCUGUCUUCUUCGUGAUUGGCGUUCUUGCGCAACAGACGUUCGCUGACGAGCCCGAAGCGAUCGUCGGCGGUACGCUUGCCUCGUUGGGCGAAUUCCCGUGGCAAAUUUCCUUGCAACAAAACGGUCAACACAUUUGCGGUGGUUCCAUCAUUGGCCCCACAAAAAUUUUGACCGCCGCUCAUUGUGUGAAGAACAUAUUUUUUCCACCCUACUCCAAUUGCCGCGUUGUCACUGGAAGUACUAAAGUCGAUCAAGGACAAUCUCACACUGUGAAGAGUAUCCGCAUACAUCCUUAUUAUGCAGAUAGCGUGCUGAGAUCUUGGGAGAAUGACAUCGCUGUGAUCACCCUCAAUGCUCCGAUACAGUACAACAAAUAUCAGUCUGCUGUCACUUUGGCCAAGAAACCGCCAGUUCCCGGCACGCAGUGCUCCUUGUCCGGAUGGGGUUUGAUAAGAGCAAAUGGACCGGCCCCCAAGGAUCUUCUCAAGAUGAACCAGGUCAUAGUCGGUCAGAAUGAAUGCCAGGAAUAUCACAGAACUAUGCGCAUUUAUAAUAGCCACUUGUGCGGAUUUAAUCAACGGGGAAUCGGCGCUUGUCAGGGUGACAGCGGCGGUCCGUUCGUCUGCAACGGCGAGCAGUACGGUAUUACUUCCUGGUCUCGUCCUUGCGCUGUCGGUGUUCCUGAUGUCUACACCAGCGUGUAUCAUCAGCUUGGCUUUAUCCAGGAAUCGUAAACAUAGAGAUCGUUGGCACAAAGAUCUAUGAUGGAUAAAUCGGCUUAUUUGAACCACGUCAACUCGUGUCAAUGCAAUCGAUAAAAUACGUGUCGUGAUAUUGAGCGACAUGUAUCGAUAGCAUCCUUAGAAUAAGAGAAACUCUGUAUUUUACAUGCUAACAAAAAAAAUAA